AUGCAUUCCAAGUGCUCCAAGUGCAAUGUCGAAGGUGCCACCUUUAUCAACCACAAAAAAGGCCCGCGCGUGCUGCGCGGGCCCGGCGAGCGACUAGCGAGCCAACCUGCUAGUACAUUGAAAAAGGGCGGCCGCGGCAUCGAACUCGCCGAGGACCGAGGAGACAGCGGAAAAGGCAAGCCAUGGCACUUUCCUCGAAUUCAUUCGAUCAACAUGCUCAAACUCGAGCUCGUGCCGGCCGCCGGUGACAAGCUCGUGCUCAAGCUCUCUCCUCCGCCGCCGCUUGCUGACAAACAGGCGUCUCUGGCGGACAACACGACCGUCAUCGACUCCGGCGGAGGCAACGCCGUCGGCAUCCCCUCCGAGCCCGUCUCGCUCAAGGAUGGCAUCGACACCGGCACCGGCGGCACUGGCACCGCCAGCACCGGCACUGGCAACGUCCCGUCCGAGGGCGAGCCCGGCCCGCUCAAGGACGGCAUUGACGCGGGCGGCGGCAACAUCGCGGGCGAGCUUUCGCCGAUGACGUCCUCCGCGAAGGUCGGAAUCGUGCCGGCUGACGACGGCCGCAUCACGCUCGUCAUCUCCGCGUCGCCUUCGCUCCCCGGAGCCAAGGCGUGCGGCGUCAAGAACGUCAACAUCUCCGUGGCAAAGUCUGGCACGGAGGGUGUCGUCAAGAAGGACCCGGCCGCGGAAAAGGCGCCCGACGCGGUCGCGGGUGCCUUCAAGACGGACAUCCCUGCGGCAGAGUCUGGCGCGGAGGCCUCCGUUGACGAGACCGACCUCAAAACGACCCCGCCGGCGCUCAAGCCCGGCGAGCCCGACUGGAUCGUCUCGACCUCGCGCAACAAGACGGAGCCCGAGGGCGUGGUCAAGUCCACGAAGGUCUCCAACAAGUACGAUCUGCUCGACGACGCCGAGACGAACGUCAAGCCGGAGCUCGACGAGGACGAGGACGAGGACGAGAAGGGCAAGGUGAAGGGCGCGGCGCCGGGCAAGCAGUCCUCGUGCGAGUCUGUCUCGCCCGAGUCUGUCUCGCCCGAGUCUGUCCCGCCCGAGUCUACCUCGACGCCCUUUGCCUUCGGCUUCCGCUCCGGCUUCGGCUUUCGCUCCGGCUUCGGCUUUGGCAACUUCUACCCGUCAAAGCUGCUGUGCAUCAUCUUCAUCUCGAUCGUGGUGCUCGGCCUGGCCGGCUCGGCCUUUGCUCUCUCUUCCAAACCUGGCGGCGUCUCCGAGCUCCUCGACUCCGUGGUCGUGCCCGACGCGACCGCGGUCCCGGUCGUCGACUUCUCCAAAACAACGCCGGAGUCCAACCCGAAGGCUCGGUAG